UGGAGGGCCUGGCGUGGGCGGGGCAGGGGCCAGGUGACAGAUGCCGGUCGGGGACGGUGGUCGUGUGGUCGGCGUCUGCUGGACGAGGCGCGCGCAGGUCGCAGGCGGGUGCGUGAGGGUCCGAGAGGCCACUGCGCGGACGUCGUUUCCCUGGACGAGACGCCGCGGGGGCCCCCCAAGCCCAGUGGUGGCUGUGGGGCGCCCCUGCCAGCACAGUUAGGACGAUGGACCCCGCGCGAGGCCCGGGGGUGCUGGAGGGCAUCUUCGACCUGGACUACGCCUCCUGGCAGGUCCGCUCGACCCUGGCGGUCGCCGGCUUCGCCUUCUACCUGGGCGUCUUCGUCGUGUGCCACCAGCUGUCCUCCUCCCUGAACGCCACCUACCGCGCCCUGGCGGCCAAGGAGAAGGUCUUCUGGGACCUGGCGGCCACCCGGGCGGUCUUCGGGGUCCAGGGCACGGCGGCGGGCCUGUGGGCACUGCUGGUGGACCCCGUCCUGCCCGCCGACAAGGCGCACGCCCAGCAGAGCUGGUCCUGGUUCCACGUCACCACGGCCACCGGCUUCUUCUUCUUUGAGAACGCGGCCCUGCACCUGUCCAACCUGCGCUUCCGGACCUUUGACUUGUUCCUGGCCGUCCACCACCUCUUCGCCUUCCUGGGAUUCCUCGGGCUAACGGCCAACGUCCACGCUGGCCACUACCUGGCCAUGGCCACCUUGCUGCUGGAGAUGAGCACGCCCUUCACCUGCGCGUCCUGGAUGCUCCUGAAGGCCGGCUGGUCCGACUCGCUGUUCUGGAAGGCGAACCAGUGGCUCAUGAUCCACAUGUUCCACUGCCGCAUGGUGCUCAGCUACCACAUGUGGUGGGUCUGCCUGCGGCACUGGGAGGGGCUGUGCCGCAGCCUGUACCCCCCGCACCUGGCGCUCUUCCUCUGUGGGCUCGGCCUGCUGACCCUCGUCCUCAACCCCUACUGGACCCACAAGAAGACGCAGCAGCUUCUCCACCCGGUGGACUGGAACUUCGCGCCCCCCAGGGCCAACGGCCAGGGGCCCCAGAAGAAGGCGCAGUAGCCGCUCGGGGCGGGGCGCACGGCCCCCCUUCACCGGCAGUGGCGCAGCGGCAGCGAGCGCCGCGAGUCCGGCGCUGGGUCCGAGAGCCUGGCUCGCUGGUGCUCUGCCGUGAGUCUCCCAGCAGCCGCCGCGCACCUUGGGGUCCGGGCCGCUCCCCCUGCCCAGAGCGCCCGUGUCGGUGCCGCCGAGUGAACCCCGGCCGGCCUGCUGCGU